AUGAAUGUUAAGGUUUUUACUUUUCUAGGGCUUUUGUAUCUACUUGUUUGUGUGAUUGGUGCAACUCGUGCAAUAAGAAAUGAUCGUUUCACCACUAAGGAUGUUGGUGAUGGUUUUGGAAUGAGUGGUGGUGAUCCGGGACUUAUUGGCGGUUUUGGUAUUCCCGGGCUAGGGGGUGGACUAGGUAGUAGUGCUCCACUUGGUGGAAACGGACUUAACGGGGGUGGAGGGGUUGGAACUGGACUUGGUGGUGUUGUUGGGGGUGGUCAAGGUGGUAUAGGGGGCAUGAUUCCGGGUGGUGGUGGAGGUGUGGGCCAAGGUGGACCUGGUCUUGGUAUGGGCCAAGGAGGUGGGCCUGGUGGGGGUAUGGGUCAAGGUGGCCCUGGUUUUGGUAUUGGCCAAGGAGGUGGGCCUGGUGGGGGUAUGGGUCAAGGUGGCCCUGGUUUUGGUAUGGGCCAAGGAGGUGGCCCUGGUGGGGGUAUGGGUCAAGGAGGCCCUGGUCUUGGUAUGGGCCAAGGAGGCGGGCCUGGUGGUGGCAUGGGAAUGGGUAGUGGCGGUGUUGGUACCCCGGGAGGUAUUUUUGGUGGCGCACCUGGCUUUGGCAUGGGUUCAAGUGCAGGUGUUGGUGCAGGUAUUGGUACAGGUACUCGAAUGGGUGGUAGCCUUGGUGGGCCUAUUGGAGGGUCAACAGGCAUUGGAGGUGGAAUAGGUGCUGGAAUGGGCGGGAACAUGGGUGGUGGUGGGUUGGGUGGGCUACCUGGUCUUGGAUCAGGUUUAAGUUCGGGUUUCGGCAUAGGAGCUGGGGCUGGGACUAGUACCGGUGUAGGUCCUUUUCCCGGAGGAAACUAA